CGCUGCUCAAGACCGACCAAAGCAGCCAGGAUAAAAGAGACGAGAAUUGGCUGAUUCAGACAUUGAUGUGUGAUUGUUCAAGAGCGCGCCUGCAACCCAGCGACUUUUAGCCCAUAUGUGGAGUAUUAAAGCGGGUUUAUGAGCGGUAGCUAGUCCCCACUGAGCAAAAAGUUUGCAAGAACAUAAUCUUUAAAGAGAUAUUUUCAGAACACUCAUUCUCCAGCCUCAGAAGACUUUGGUCAUCAGUGGGACAGAUGAGGCUGAAUCCUGUUGCUGUCCUUAAUGUCCAUCAAGACCUGACCAGAUGUAAAUAAGAUUGCUGACCAUUUCAUCCCGAGGGCUACAGUGAAACAUAAUGUCUUUAAACUGGGACAUUAGUGAAGAGCGUGUGUGUGCAUUACAUUUCAAAGCACCCACUGGCUGAAGCAAGUCGCUGCCUCUCCCCUAUUGCCACUGCCACUUUGGAUCAGGUUUCCUAUUGUUUUGCUGGGUACAGACUGAACUGAUCUUCAAAUAGUAGUUAGAGUUGCUUUGAAGAAUAUUUACAUUUUGCACUAAUCGCUUUAGGAAGUUGACUGGUUGAGGACAAGAUGAAUGGAAAAGCGCUACUCUUCUUUUCCAGCUUUGCUUACAUCUGUGCAGCAAUUCCACAAUUCCCAGAAGAAGAGAAAGACCCCAAAUUCUGGAGAGACUGGGCUCAGAGAACUCUCACGAAAGCUCUUUCCCUGCAACGCCUCAACACAAACAUCGCGAAAAAUGCCAUCCUUUUUCUGGGUGACGGCAUGGGGAUUCCCACGGUGACAGCGGCCCGCAUUCUGAAGGGUCAGAUGAAUGGUUUCAGCGGUGAGGAGACACAGCUGGAGAUGGAUAAGUUCCCCUAUGUGGCACUCGCUAAGACGUACAACACAAAUGCACAGGUGCCUGACAGUGCUGGGACAGCCACAGCCUACUUGUGUGGGGUGAAGGCAAACGAGGGGACUGUGGGUGUGAGUGCAGCAGCUGUGCGCUCCCAGUGCAACACCACCAUCGGAAACGAAGUCACAUCCAUUCUGAAAUGGGCAAAAGAUGCUGGCAAAUCAGUAGGCAUCGUCACGACGACUCGUGUGAACCAUGCAACGCCCAGUGCUGCCUACGCCCACUGCGUGGAUCGUGAUUGGUACUCGGAUGGGGAGAUGCCCCCAGAAGCAAUUCAAGGAGGCUGCAAGGACAUCGCGCGACAGCUGCUUGAGAACAUACCCAACAUCGAUGUGAUUAUGGGAGGGGGGCGGAAGUACAUGUACCCCAAAAACACCCCUGACGUUGAGUACCCCAAUGACCCCAAAGCCAACGGCACUCGACGGGAUGGAAGGAGGCUUGUGGAUGAGUGGAAGAGCUCCAAGGGCAAUCAGGCUGCUCACUAUGUGUGGAACAAGAACCAACUGUUAGCUUUGAAUCCACCCAAUGUGGACUACUUACUGGGUCUGUUCGAGCCAGUUGACAUGCACUAUGAUUUAGAACGAGACAAGCAAAUGGAUCCUUCCCUGGCUGAAAUGGUGGAAGUGGCUAUUAAAAUCCUACAGAAAAACCCAAAGGGUUUCUACCUGCUGGUGGAAGGCGGGCGUAUCGACCACGGACAUCACGAGGGCAAGGCGAAGCAGGCUCUGCAUGAGGCGGUGGAAAUGGACAUUGCUAUCGGCAAGGCAGGGGUGCUGACCCGCGAGGAGGACACGCUGACCAUCGUCACUGCUGACCACUCCCACGUCUUCACUUUCGGGGGCUACACUCUCCGUGGAAACUCAAUAUUUGGUUUGGCGCCCAUGCUGAGCGAUGUGGACAGCAAGCCCUUCACCUCCAUCCUAUACGGGAACGGGCCAGGCUUCAGGCUAUCUAAUGGAGAGAGAGAGAACAUAUCCAACAUUGACUACAAACAGAACAACUACCUGGCACAGUCAGCCGUGCCUUUGCGACUGGAGACCCAUGGUGGGGAGGACGUGGCUAUUUUUGCUAAAGGUCCCCUGGCACACCUGCUGCACGGAGUACACGAACAGAACUACAUCCCCCAUGUGAUGGCAUAUGCCACCUGUAUCGGGCAGAACACAGAGCACUGCAAAGGGGGCUACCCAGUCCCCUGCGGAGCCUGCUUUCUCACCUCCACACUCAGCAGCCUCCUCUCUCUCCUCGUUCUCAGCCUGCUGUUGUGCUUGCCCUGAUACUGCUC